AUGGACCAUUUAAAACUUGAAUUAAAGCGUUGGGAGCGAGCAUUUGAGCACAAACAUGGGCGACAACCUAAUAGAAAUGAUAUUAAGAGAGUACCGGAGAUUAAAAGCAAAUACAUACAAUAUUCUCUACUACGAUCGAAACCCGAGGUCCAGUCUGAUAAAACGCACAAUACUCCCAAUAAAACCCAACCAACUGAGUUGGGACCAACUCCACAGAUAUAUGGCAAGGUAAUUAGUAUAUUCGAUAUGAAAGUGUCCCCUGUGAAACCCAAUUCUGUUAUAUCCCCCGCAACUACCGCACCACAACCCUCGGAACCUUCCAAUGACAUACAGACCGUCAAACGUCGUUUAGACUUCUCCAUUACACCAAGGACGUCUCCUAAGAAAGACAACUAUGGUCCAAACUCACCGCUGAAGUUUGAAAAUGUGGAGAUAAGGAUACACAGAACACCAAUGAAAGAUAACGCAGCAACAAUCAGCUUGUUGGGCAAAUCCCCAGGAAGCCCCUCACCAAUUAUUAAAAGGCCUCUUGCAAAACCAUUUUUACAACUGGCCAAAGAGCAUGAGAAGAUAAUGGAGGAAAUGGAAACGUGGAGUGAGGAGGAGGUAAUAGCUAGAAAGAUUAAGGAUGUCUUUCAAGAAGACCAUGAUGAAACAGAAGAUGAGGACGACAUGCAACAAGAGCUACCGAAACGUGUCAAACGCAGACAUAUUUUACGGCCUGCAAAAAAACAAACAAAUCAAGAUCCAAAAAUUCCCGAUAACCUACAUAAUGAAUUAGCACGACUCAAGCGCCAAGCGCUCGGCCAGUAUGAUGACGAGCAAUCCAAAGAAGUGUCCACUGACGCGGAAACUAAAGCUGAAAAAUCACCAAUCAAAAAGAGAGGAGGGAGAAAAAAAUACAAUACGGUCAGCAACAACUUUAGAAGGCUCAAGUUGCCCAGUGCAAAACGCUCCAAUGGUCGUUGGAGGCGAAGGUAA